AUGGUGUUAGUAGGCUACUCUGACUCCGAAGGCUCAGACGCCGAGCUAGACACUACACCCGCACCCCAGAUUAGCAAGGCAAAGAAGUUAGGCUCCAAAACUGGGUUCCAGAUCGACCCCAGCAACCCAAGCAAGAUCCGCGUCGCGAUUCCAGAAAUCAGACCUGAAACCCCAUCCGGCGAAGACACAGAAGAUGGUCCGCGCAAAAAGGCUCGGUUAGGAGGAGGAGGCCUUUCGGGAUUCAACGCUUUCCUUCCAGCCCCGAAACGAACAGCGGAAAAGAAAGCACCAGUGGCAACAACACGAAAAGUCUUCAGUCUCAAAACAGGGGCAGGUCCUGGAUUCAAUCGCACAGCUGAUACGGAGAUGAAGAAUGAUCACGCAUUCGAAAAACUAGCGGGCGGAGAUGCGGAGGACACCACAUCUGCACCCGGCUUAAAAACCGACACUCCAUCAGAUGCAUCGGCGGAGACAAUGAAAACCCCAGCGGAGGUCAAAUUGCAAGGAAACCCGAUGAUGUUCAGACCGUUGUCGGUCGGACGACCUCAAAAGAAGAGAAAGACCACAAAGAAUCCCGAGCAACCAACACCUUCCUCAUCCGCAGCGCCGAAACCUGCUCAGCCUCUACACCAAGCCCCUGCCCCUGCUCCUGCACCCGCACCACCAAAACCCAAAGUCAGUCUCUUUUCUCUACCCUCGGACGAGGCCACUUCUCAGUCAGCCCCGGCGCCUGGGUUAUCAGCGACUUACCAGCCGCUGGUAUACAACGCCGAAGGCGAAGAAGUAUCAGCAGCUGAUCCAGUACUCGCUGAGCCUGCACCAAUCUCCAUAGAGCAUUCAAAAGCAACAGUAUCAACCAAUCCCGCAUCAUCCUUGGACAGCGUGGCCAAUGAUCUGAACUUGUCCAAGGCCGAAAGACGCCAGCUCUUUGGUCGGAAUGCCAUGCCGUCGCAGUCGCAGGUGCGUACUUUCAACACAGACGAAGAGUACGCGUCAAACCAAGUUCUGGCGCAAAGCGAGCUGGCCGGAACACAGCACAACCCUGUGCGCUCCAUUGCGCCGGGCAAGCAUACUCUCCAGCAAUUACUCAAUGUUGCAAGCUCACAGAAGGAAGCACUGGAAGAAAGCUUUGCAACGGGUCGGAGAAACAAGAAGGAGGCUGGAUCCAAGUACGGGUGGUAG